AUGGCAGACAACGAGCACGAAAUCGUAGAACGUCAAGUAGGCAAAGGAUUCGAGGCCCGCUUCGACCUCGACGAUGCAUUCUCAGACGGUGAGGAUGCUGAUUAUAACCUCGAGUUCAGCUCCGCAGCUAUCAGGAAACAUCUCGCCGAGAACCCGAGUUGGGCCGGAAAUCAUGACGGAGAAGAUGACGGGGAGACGGAGUAUAGCUCUGCGCGCGAUCAUGACACGUCGAUAUCAACUUUUUGUCUCGAUGGGAGUUCAAACUCAUAUUCAGAGACUAGAUCUUCUUCCUCGUCACCACCACCGCUGACUGCAGAAGAACAACCUGAUGAGCAGCAGGUUCCUCAGGACUUCUCUGAUAUCACACUGUCAGAAGAACCGAAUGCAAACGGACACUCGAUCAGCCAUAAAGAUACUCAAGAGGAGGAUGCCUCCGCUCCACGGGAUACCUCCCCUUCGCGGGAUACGUCAUAUCCCGUCGUUCACAUUGACGUCAGUAGAUCACCGCCAAGUCGCGUAAUGAUGAGUACGGGACCAGAAAGCAAUGGCGAGGAUCAUCAGGAAGACGAAACGGUACAUCCGGUCUCGAAUGUAUCUUCUUCCUACCUCCCUCCGCCUAGUCAUGAUGGUCCACCACUACCUCCAUCCCCAUCUUCCCCGUUACCAAAAAGCCCAACAACUCCAAUCGUCACAAGUCAAAGAAGACAAACGUACUCGGCGGGACCGAGCGCCUUCCAGAAAGUAAUGAGCAAGACGCGCCCUCAUUUCCUCCCUCCGAAGAACCGUCAAGAAGACCAGAAACAUAUGGCGGACUGGCAGGCCAUGAUGAAACAAAGUCGCGCUGCAGAGGAAAAACGGCGGAAAGCACUACAAGAACGACGUUCAGCUCGCGAGCUCAAGAUUGAGCAGUCUAUGUACAAAUGGGAGAAGGAGAUACUUUCUGAUUGGCGAGUUGUUUAUAAGAAUCCCAAUCUCCGCAGACUUUGGUGGAACGGUAUACCCACGAAACUACGAGCUUCUAUGUGGCAGCAAGCUGUCGGUAACGCACUCGCUCUGAGCAAAGAUAACUACAGGAACUGUUUCAGUCGAGCUACCCGCGCACUUUCGACCGGUUCAUUUCCUGCCGAAACACUACAAACCCUCGAGCAAGACAUCUUGUCCACCCUUCCCUCCCUACACAUAUUCCACCCCGAAACUGGGCCCCUCUACCAAGAUCUUAAGGAUAUGUUAUGCGCAUGGGUCGUCUCUCGUGCAGACGAGGGUUUGGGAUAUGUGCACGGGACCGCUAAGAUCGCCGGGAUGAUAUUACUCAACAUGAAGCCACAGCAAGGUUUCAUCGUGAUGAGAAAUCUCUUGGAGAGACAUUGCAUGAGGUCACUAUAUGGCAGCGUUGCUGCCAAGGAUGACGUUGAAGCCUAUUAUCGGAUAUUCGACACGCUCUUAGCUGACUGCAUGCCAAAAAUAUACUUCAAUUUCAAGCAACACCAGAUAUCGCCUGGUGCUUAUCUCCCUGACUGGCUCAUCCCGCUAUUCUUGGACCACCUGCCCUUCGAAGCAUGCGCACGUCUAUGGGACAUUCUCCUACUAGAAGGGGACUCUUUUCUUUUUCGCGCUGCUCUCGCUGUUCUUGCCGUCCUUGAACCUCGAUUAUUCUUCCCCGACCGACAAGAGCUUCUAGACCUCCUCCGAGGUGAAAAUAAGGCUGCACUAGAAGUAGCCAAAAGGGAAGGACGUUUACUAGAUGGUGCAAAAUAUGACAUCUACGGCGUAGACGAAGAAACGCUUUGGGAACGUAUCGAUAGUAUGGAGGACUGGUGGAAGGAGUCUACAUGGAGACGUCUAACGCAACGAGAACUGCCAGAUUUGUGA